UCGAGGCAAAGCAGUCUCUCGUCGCGGACGUGGCUCUUAUCUUGUGUCUCAAGUGCCGAUAAGGAGGUGUCGAUGCGCGAGCUGUGCCGGGCAGGCGGCACCGUCGUGGCGGCCGUCGUCGCCGUCCUCGAGAAGCAGCAGCAGGCGUUGAGCGCCCCCCCGAAAUCGGCCAAAAAUAGCCUCUGUGCUAGCACACCCGAUGAUAAUUUUCAAUCGGCUGUGAAGGAUUUCGACAGCGUGGCCGAAGACGUCGAGAGGAUCGUCGUGGCGCAGAGGAAGUGCCAGGAGGAGGAGUCGUCCAGCGAGGAUGAUUCCGAGUCGAGUGGAGAACACGUACUGGAAGGACUGGAGACCAUCGCCGAGGAGGACAGGAAUACGUCGAGUGCGUUGAGUUACAAAGGUCUCGACGAAGACUCCAGUCCUGAAGACGAUUCCACGUUAAAGCUCACCAACACGUGGCAAAAUGACUCGACGUCGGACACCUCCUCAUCCUCCUCAUCACUCCCUAGGAGUUCCACGCGCUGCGACGACGACUUCCAGUGGAUCCGCAAGGAAAUGAAAAUGGAGGAGGUGGCGGCAAAGCCGCCCAUCGGCCGCUCCAGAACUCCACGGAGAGACAAACCCGCCCCCGGGAGUCUCGAUCGGCGACGACAUCAGAGGGUGGAAAGGGAUCAGAAGUCGAGAUCCACUCAUGUACCUAAGAGUCCCCCUCGACUUGACGACUUCGCUCCGUGUCAGAACUGGUGUUGUAGCGAAAAUUUUGCCUUUGAGAAUUUCCACAGAAGACAUGAAAGGAUGGACCCCCAGAGGUACGGGAGCAGUCCCAUGUUGAUGGACAGGGGGAGUCAUCCGGAUUUGUACGGGUGUAGACAUGAGAUGAUGGGGUGUUGUGGGUAUCACGUGGCACCGCCGUGUUGUUUUUACGGGGAAAGGGGGUUUCAUUGGACGCCGGCGCCGUUCCAGAAGUCGAGCGACCAACAGGACGAAAAAUUCCGAAAAUUACAAUAUGAAAAGGACAAUCUCCAGCUACAAGUGCAGGUCCUCACCGAACAGAUCGAAGCCCAGACUGAUAAAAUCGCUGAUUUAGAAAAGCUGUUGAUGGAAAGGAAACAACACUUGUCCGAGACUGAAGAGAAGUUGCAACGCGAAGUCUUAUCGCGAUCAUCGCUCGAGACGCAAAAACUUGAAAUGAUGUCGAUCGUCAGCGAACUCAAACUGCAACAGGCGGCCCUCGAGCGCGAAAAUCUAGAAUUGAGGAGUCAAUUUAAUAACAAUGGAGACAUCAAAAAGCCACCGCUGGGGCCUCGGAUGGCUCAAACAUCGACUCCAGUUCACCAUUCCAGCAAUCAAGCUUUGAGGAUGUCGCCGUCGCCGAGUCCGGUCACCCUAACUGGAAGCAGCCCUCGCAGGGACGAAAUUCCGGCUCCUAAAACUCCACCUGCGAACUACAAACGCCAGAUCGAUUUGCAUUAUGGCAGUCUGCCUCGUCAGCAAUUUAUCAGUAAUGGAAGCAGCAUUUCGGUGGUCGAUUCCAAUGCGAAUCCGAAAAAGGGUGUGGCGUUCGGUAGGGGACUUUCUUCACUCAUUGGGGGGCGGGCCAAGGGCUUCUCCGUGCCCAAUCUAGCUGAAACUGAAAAAAUUAUCGAGGGUGGUUCAGGUGAGUCCCCACAAUCGCCGACGUUGCAAUUCAACCGAAAUAAAGGCAUUAAAAAGAUUUUCGGACGAAUGAAACGAUCCGGAUCUGGAAAUUUGGAAGAAUUGCCCGGAAUCGGCGAAUUUCAACGAGGAGGAGUCCGGGCGACGGCCGCCGCUCGACUCGGCUGGAGCGAGCCGCAACUGACAGUGAAGCCGGACAAGCCUUUCGCGGAGUGGGACACCGAGAACAUUUGCGAUUGGCUGCAAGACCUCAGCCUCGAUCAGUACAUCCCCGAAGCGAAACGUUGGGUGAAAUCCGGUCAGCAAUUACAGGAAGCUUCAAUUAGUGACAUCGAAAAAGAACUGAACAUCAAAAAUCCCCUCCACAAGAAAAAACUCCAACUGGCCCUGAUCGAUACCCAAGAGAACGGUUCAAGUGACCCUUACUUAACGAAAGCGGGUCAAUUGGACAUGGCCUGGGUGUUGCGGUGGUUAGACGACACGGGUUUGCCUCAACACAAAGAAAAUUUUCUAAUAAAUCGUGUUGACGGCCGAGUGUUACACCGAUUGACAAUCGACGAUUUGGCUUUAUUACAUGUGACCUCUUUGCUCCAUGUUGCGAGUAUCAAAAGAGGGAUUCAUGUUUUGAGAGAGAACAAUUACGAACCGGGGUGUCUGCAACGAAGAUCGUCACCGGAAGAUCCGCCACAGCCAACUCCCAAACAAAUAUCUCUAUGGACGACUCAUCGAGUCAUGGAGUGGCUCAAAGCUGUCGAUUUGGCUGAGUAUGCCCCAAAUUUGCGUGGUGCGGGAGUACACGGGGGGCUGAUGGUGUACGAGACCAAGUUUACAGCCGAAUUGUUGGCAACACUGCUUUCAAUUCCACCGGGGAAAACCCUACUGAGGCGUCAUCUGAAAACGCAUUUCAACGAAUUGCUGGGCAAGGAAAUAAUCCAGGAAAAGAGGGAGGCCGAGUCGACUAUGGGUUACAUCCCGCUAACGCCCUCGUCAAAAUUAAAAGUCGCAAAGAAAUCGCAAUUUUCUUUGAAGAGGAAAAAGAGUAAAGGCGAAGCGGAUUACGGCGACUUAGUGUGCCCCCUGAAUUCCGAUAAACAGUCAGGUGAACUGAACGGUUCUGCUCCUAACAUGGGUAUGAUGAAGACGGAAAGCCUAAGGGUCGAGGAUGUCUCUCAUCACGUUGAACAGAAACUGGUACGGUCUUCGCCGGCAUCGAUUGCUAAUUCACCAGUACCACAAAGACAUGUUUAAUAAGUUUUUUUAGUAUUGAUAAGAAAGUAUUUAUCAAAUAUGUCUUCCCCACCCAAACAAUUUGCCUUAGGAAAGUGCAUGAGAUUCCUGUUGUGUUUGUUUUAUCGGCAGCGAAAUUAUAAUAAUCGUGUCAAAUGUGCCAAACCGAUUAUUUUUUCUGUUUUCGUGGAAUUUCUAUUUUUUUGUAUUAACAGUAUUUAAAUAUCGUUGUUACCAAUUGAGUAGAGAUAGAUUUUAGACGUAUUUAACAAACUGACCAAAACAAUUCGUAUUAAGUAUAGGUUAUGAAAUUGUUGACAUGUUUUUGUAUCGUCAUCAUCACACACAUCACUCCCAUUGUAUUUUAUGUAACUGAGUAUUUUUAUUAUCGCAUUAAAACUUGUAAACAUUUCGUACUUA